AUGGACGGAGAUAAGGCUCAGAAUGCUGAGGUGAGGUAUGAGAUUCUGAGUGAGAGCAGUGGCUUUGCGGUUCAUCCGGAGACCGGCGAGGUUGUCACGCUCGGAGGGUACGAUCGGGAGACCAGAGACAGGUAUGACGUCAUCGUUUUGGCCAUCGACGGAGGGGAUCCCCCUCUCAAUUCAUCCACGGUCGUCAGGGUUACCGUAACUGAUGAAAACGACAAUGCGCCGCAGUUUGAUCAGUCGGAAUACUCAGUCAGUUUCCCUGAGAAUGAGCCUCCAUUUUCCUCUGUCUUUCUCUUACACGCCAGUGACAAUGAUGCUGGUCCUAAUGCUGAGCUGACUUACUCCAUUGACUCUUCACUCCCUCAAGACCACUUCCUGAUAAACUCUACCUCUGGUCUACUCCAGACUGCGAUUCCAUUGGACAGAGAGGAGAUUAGCAUCAUACGUCGUUACUAUUGUUAG